GUCUGACGUUGGACGUGGACACGCAAGGCGGCCAGUGUGUCGAGACACCCAUAAUAUCACUUUCCUCUUCAUUAUGAUCCUUUAGACACCUUUUCUCCAAACCUUAUCACUCGUUGCGACCAUCUCACAAUGGCAGGAGAUCGUGAAGGCCUCCUGUCCGAGAAGCACUACGACAAAGAUGCGCCGCCUGUGGACGGCGACAAGCCUACAUUUGCACCUGAAAGCGACGAUGAAGGCUCACUCGGAGAUGCAGAUAUAGUAGACGACGACGAUCGAGAGAUCUUGGACGAGACACAAGAGCAUGAGAGACUCCUCCACAAACCAAGCCGAUUCGAAACGGCCAAAUCCCUCUUUGCUCGUGCCGGACCCCGCGCUGAUGGCAGCAGUGGCAGCAGGAGAACGCGACAGAAAAAGAGCCGAGGGUCAAGAAGUGGCUCGCAAGAUAUGGAUAUGAUGUUUGAGAUGGAAGGGGGUUUCAAAGACACCAGUUCCCAGUCCGAUAGCGACUCGAUCGAUAUCAAGAACACUCAAUGGGACAGAGACCUCCCUGUCAAGAAGCACAGAGGUCGCCUUGCUGUCAUAUAUCUCGCCAUAAUUGCCUUGUUUCUCGGACUGCUAUACGGAGCAUUUAAAGCUUCUCACAAGUACACCCUCAAGCCGACCAUCCAUCGCCUGAACAAGACUUCCAAUGGCACCCAUAUCUUCCGGCCAACCACUAUUCUGAUCUCUCUGGACGGUUUCCGUGCCGACUUUCUCAACCGCAAGAUCACACCUGCCCUCAGUGCCUUCAUAGCCAGUGGAGUGUCUCCACAGUACCUUUUGCCAUCUUUUCCGUCCGUCACUUUUCCUAAUCAUUUUACCUUGGUAACUGGUCUGUACCCGGAAAGCCAUGGGAUUGUCAGCAAUCAAUUUUGGGACCCGUCUUUUGACGAAGAAUUCUAUUACACCAACCUCGGUGUGUCAAUGCAGCCCAAGUGGUGGGGUGCCGAGCCCCUCUGGGUCACAGCUGAGCAUCAAAAGGUCCGCUCCGCCAUCCACAUGUGGCCAGGAUCUGAAGCACAUAUCCCCGACGUCGAGCCAACCUACUUGGACAAAUACAAUGGCUCCGAGGAGCUGACACGCAAGGUUGAUCGAAUUGUCCAUUGGCUCGAUCUUCCAGGUGACGACGAUGAGGCUGCUCCUGAGGCGGAUAAAAGGCCUCAAUUCAUCGCUGCUUAUGUUCCCAACGUCGACGCCGAUGGUCACAAAUACGGCCCGAAUAGUACCGAAAUCCGAGCAACGAUCGCGGAUGUUGACAGCAUGCUCACUCUACUUGUGGAGGCUCUCUUCGCACGCAACCUGACCGAGAUUGUCAAUCUAGUCAUCGUUUCGGAUCAUGGGAUGGCCACCACUUCGGUGGAUCGUCUUGUUCAAUUGGAUGAUUUAAUCGACAUGUCUUUGGUGGACCACAUUGACGGCUGGCCAUUACGGGGAUUGCGGCUGAAGAACCCUGAAAGGGAUGUCCCACUUCUCCACGAACAGUUGGUCAACGAGGCCAGGAAGUCCGAUGCCUUUGAUGUCUACACCCGUGAAACGAUGCCAGCACGUUAUCAUUUCUCCAACAAUGACCGAAUCGCACCACUAUGGAUUGUCCCCAAGACGGGAUGGGCCAUUGUCGAGAGACCAGACUUUGACGUCGCCGAGGCCAAAGCGAACGGCAAGGAGUACGUCCCCAAAGGAUUACAUGGUUAUGAUCAUGAACAUCCGCUAAUGAGGGCCAUCUUCGUCGCCCGUGGACCGGCUUUCCCCCACCAUCCCAACAGCAGAGUGCCCGUCUUUCAAAACAUUGAGGUCUACAAUAUUGUUUGUCAUUCGCUUGGGGUGGUCCCUCAUCCUAACAACGGAACACUUCAGCUUCCUCUGAAAACGAUCGGACUCCAUAGCGAUUUUGACGCGCCAGAACUCGAAUCCCCGGCUGAUCCGGUGGAUGCUCCUGAUGGAGUAGGAUCCAGCACACCUGCCGCUUACACAACUGCCAGUCCAUCCGCAGUUCCCUCUCAAGGCGACCCGGCAGAUGCACGCCCAUCCUCAAUAGCAGCAGGAGCAAAAGAUGAUGAUACUAGUGGCGCAUCUGGAGGACCCGAAGCAAAAUCCAGCUGGUGGAGCUUCAUCCAUGAAGGGCUUGAGAAAGCCAAGGCCUGGGCCAAAGAAUUUGUGAAUUCCAUCAAGGGCAACAAAGAGGGCUCUAAUGAUAACGUGGUCGCAGAACCGAGUGUGACGCCUUGAAGGAGAGGAUGAUGAAUGCCUGAAAUUUAUGCACACUCGUCUUCUUUACGACAAGUGAUCUUCAGGAGGAGAUCAUCUGCAAGACCACUUGCAGCACGUGGCUCACAUCUUGACGAAGUCUUGUCAUAUGGGUGUUUGUUGGCCAGCUGGGAAGUGGUGGUAUUUUCCCCUAAGAUUCGCCGGGCGUUCCCCCGAAUCCAUCAAAACUUGCGUGGGGAGAAGCAGAUUGUGACCUGCCCCCACGAAAUCUGAAGCUAUCAAGAUGGAACUGCCAGAUUAUGUCAAUGAUGCUGUGCAUCGAGCUCACGAGCGCAACGGCGCCGUCCCACAAUGCCCCCUCCUGCGAAUUCGGGAGGCUCUGCCCUGACACAAGCGUCCAGCCCUGCAACUACAAACACAGCCUCGUUCGGUCUGUGCUUGGGGCGUGACGAACAUGUCAGUGGUCCUGACGUGGUAUCAGCGCGUCACCAACCCCUCCGCACACGUCGCUUGAGCCUACAACCUGUCCGUGCACCUUAGGAGACAAGCAACUGGCUUGUGUUGGCCCAGCCACGUUGCUAGCCACCAGCUAAACUAAGUGGCGCGUGUCUUCUGCCAACUGGGACACCUGGUAGCUUUGACGUCUCUCUACGUCAAGUUUGAAAGACUACCUGAGUGAGAUGCUUUCGUCCAUUCUCGUGAGACUUGGAGCUGGAGAAGCGAGAAGGAGUAUCAUCUACAAGGAUCUUGAUAUGGUUUCUUCUUUCAUAGCUAGUCAUUGUAUCUAAUCAAUUCUCCAUGUACAAGGAUAUAUUCGCACUUCGGCCGAAGGAAUCUGCGCAUCCAAAUUGAAGCCAC